UUGAAGAUCGAAAAAUUAGUCGUGAGUGGUUGGAGACUAACCAUGAGUGAAAUUGAGAUAACUCAGGAAGGAAUUGAUUCUCAAAAGGAGAAUUUCUUGAAGGACGCGCAAGAUGUAGGCGGCAAAGUAACGCCUCGCAAGGAAAGUGCGGACUCUUCGUCCUCCGAUUCAUCCUCUGACUCGGAGGCAGACGGAGAUUCUUCGCAUCCUCCGAACAAAAGGCCAAAAAUUGAUCCUUGAAUGGAUGUGGUAAUAAACCAAGUGGGCUAUCUCACGAACAUCUUAGCGCAGGUCAUCCCAGUGGAAGCAGCAUGCUCGUCGCAAGCGGCUCGGGAAGCUGUGCAAUCAACGGACGAGACGUUUCUUACAAGGCCCGCUUUAGGUGAGGACCUAAAUCUUGGGGAAUUCGCAACAGAAACAGACAAUAAAAAAGUCGUUAAGACGGCAUCGAAAGAUAGAGUGGAGGCUCUAACAAAACUGCAGCACUUCGGCACAGAGGCAUGGAAGGAAGUUAAAUAUUCGAAGUCCCUCCAGUCCUUCUUGGCAAAACCGGGUUUCGUAGAGCUCCGACUCAAUGACGAAAUGUGUCAUCUUAACAGAGGUAAGGAUUAUUUAGCCUCAACCGAGAAGGUGCUGGCGGGGUUAACGAACGCUUUACUAGAGCACAAAGAGAUUCUUCGGUCUAGCUUGCAAGGGAUAGUGAAUUGGGCGAACCAUUCACAGAGCGAGUUUACCCCGAAUAAUCUUUUCAGUAAGAUCAUGGAUCUUUUCGGUCCAAAUUCUCAAAAUUACAAAAAUAUGGAGCAGAUCCUUCAAGUGGUAUGUGGAAAACGAGCGGAAUGUAUAGAGGUCAGGAGAGAACGCAUUAUCUCUGAAAUUAAUAAUAAAAAUUUACAGGCAACUCUGAGAAGGGUACCUCCAAGUGUGGAUCAGCUGUUUGAUCAAAACUGUUUAAUGCCAUUGAUUAAAUCAUUAGGAGGAACGGGUCUCUGGCUAAACACGCCGGGAUAUCUGAAAGAGAAAAGGGACACUAACCAAAGGCCCAAAAAGCAAGGGACAGAAUCUGCGGUACCUAGUUGCUCUCAAUACACUAAGAGCAACAAACCAAACGAUGCGCGUCCUACGCUCAAGUUCAGGUGCCCGUAUUCCCUUUUCAGCAAAACCGCCUCUUGUUUUUCCUACGGUGGAACUGAUGAAAAAAUACAGUUCCAGAGUUUCCCUAGAAUUGACGAACUGUAUAAAAGAACUCAUAAAGCAGGGGGUCUUGGAGACGAUCACAGAAAAGAGCCCAAGCUUCCUGUCAAAGAUGUUUGUGGUACCGAAGAGCGAUGGAGGAUUUCGUCCGAUUUUCGAUCUCAGACGAUUGAACGCCUUCGUAAAAACAAGGCAUUUUCAGCUGAUUUCGCACGCUUCGGUACCGGAAUUUCUCCAACCCAUGGAUUGGAUGACAAAGAUCGACAUCUCAAGUGCAUACUUCCAUGUACCCAUCGCGGAGUCACAUCGCUGCUACCUCAGAUUAAUUUACAACGGCAAGUUGUUACAAAUGUCGGCUUUACCGUUUGGCCUAGCGUCAGCACCCCGCACAUUCGCGGCCUUAACGAAUUGGAUUGCGGAAAUCCUUCGUGCCAAAGGAAUUCGGGUUCUAGUCUACCUAGACGAUUUCCUCCUCGCCCAUCGGGACCGCGACAAGUUGGUGGUACAGACUGCGGAAGUCAUGAACCUCUUGGAGUCCCUAGGAUGGCAGAUAAAUUUUCGAAAAUGCACACUAGUGCCAAAUCAACAGCUCGAAUACUUGGGCAUCACUUGGAACACUCGAUCCGAGUCGAUGUUUCUCGCAAAAGAGAAAAUAGAAAAGUUGGAGACAUCAAUUGCAAGAGUUCUAGCCAAACAAAGUUGCAGCGUGAAGCUGAUUCAGAGGCUCCUGGGACAAUUAAAUUUUGCGAACUUCGUAAUACCCAGAGGCCGGUUACAUUGCCGAUAUUUACAGAUUUUCCUCAGGAUUUUGAGUCGAACUCAAUCAAACGGCAAGCGAGCAUUGUCGGUGAGGGCAAAAGCAGAUUUGGAAUGGUGGCAUCAAAUGAUCCACGAAUCGAAACCACUGUAUCGCAGCCCGUACACACAUUUCCUCACAACCGACGCAUCAGAUGUGGGUUGGGGAGCACAACUGAACGAGACCUUGAUGUCGGGAGCAUGGACGAAAGAACAGAAGAAAUGGCACUCGAACUUGAAAGAGCUAUUCGCAGUAUAUGCAGCGAUACAGAGACAAGCCCACGAACUGGAGAACUCUCACUUGCUGAUUCAAUCGGACAACCGGACGUUAGUCGCAUACAUACGAAACGAGGGGGGAACACGAUCACUGAAUAUGCUCAACCUCACGCACAGAUUGCUGAAGUUGACAGACAAAUUGAACAUGACGUUAUCGGCACAUUAUCUCCCGGGAAGGUACAACUCCCUAGCAGAUCGACUGUCACGAGGACAACGGAUACCCGAGUGGCAUUUGCUACCAGCGGCGGCGGAACAGAUUUUCCAGCGGUGGGGCGAACCAGACGUCGACCUGUUCGCGUCCGAAAGAUCGGCAGUAGUAAAAAAUUAUGUAUCACUCGACUGCAGAGAUCCGUCAGCGCUCUACUCAAAUGCCUUCAGCCGGGCGUGGGACUACCGUUUAGGUUGGAUUUUCCCACCGCCCAACCUCAUCCCACGGGUGUUGGCCCAGCUCAACAGGGCCAGAGGAAAAUAUAUUUUAAUAACACCCAAGUGGGAAAAGACAUUUUGGAUGGCGGAUGUGCGGUCACGAGCCCUGGAAGCGCCAACGAUAAUUCAGAAUUUACCAGACAAUCUGAUCGAUCUGUCGACAGGCCGAGCUCCACCUCAAAUAGACCAGUUGACGCUUCAGGCCUGGUUAAUUGGCGAUGGGGAAAGUUAACUAGAGACUGGUCAGAAGCAGAGAGACGGCUAUUGAGUGACCGCUGGAGAAAAUCAACAAUGUCCACGUACUACCCAGCAAUAAAACGGUGGUUACAGUUUUGUGAUAACAACAGUCUCGACGCGCAAAAGCCGCGAGCGCAAGAUAUAGCUAGAUUCCUGGCGCAACUAUAUUUGGAAGAAGAUCUAGCCUACAGUACGAUUUUGGUACAUAAAUCCGCAGUUCUCACCUUUUGCGAGUUACAACCAAAGGUCCCGGAACAGACUCUACUGCGGCAAGUGCUCAAGGCGAUUGCAAUGGCUCGUCCAGUAAAGCCCAAGACACCAAUCUGGGACGCUCAGACAUUAUUGGAUUGGUUAGCCAGGCCCUCGACCAGAAACACCUUGUUCGAAGCCUCAAGACGAACAGCAGCAAUUCUUUUAUUAGCCUCGGGCAGAAGAGUGCACGACCUCACUUUACUGAGAAUCUCUGAGGAGAAUAUGAGCUGGUCAGGUGACGAGUUGACACUUUGGCCAAUCUUUGGUUCGAAAACGGAUUCAGCAGAACACAGACAAUCGGGGUGGGUCCUGACCCCGCAUCCGAAUCCAAAUAUAUGUCCGGUUAACUGGACAAAACGAUUAAUCUCCAUUUCGCAAGAUAGACGGAAAGAUAAUAAAGAACUGACGCAGCGCUUUAUCACAAUAACGGGAGUACCUCGACCAGCAUCGAGAACGGUAAUUGGGGGCUGGAUUCGGUCCGUUCUCAAGGAGGCAGGCAUCCAAGCGUCGCCAGGAUCUGUUAGAUCAGCUUCAGCGGGUUGGGUGGAGAACCAUCCUAUAGAUGAAAUUCUAGGGAGAGGAAACUGGAAAAGUAGGAGCACUUUCCAAAAGUUCUACUGCAAGGAAAUACAGAAGCAGGGUACUGGCUCACAGUUAUUAUUCAAGAACUUUCGACCAGAGUAAAAGAGAAAUUUAAAGGAAUGUUACUUCUUCAUUUUCAUAAUAUUUGUUUAGUCAUUUUUUAGAUCGGUUAUUAAUUAUAAAGUUUAUAAGGCCAGAAGGCUUGUGUUUAUUAUCAGAAACGUUCGCAAGGACAUCCCUACUUAUGUAAGUCAAUAAUAAAAAUGACAAAGUAUUUUGA